AUGUUGACUCCGCUCACCAACAACAGCCACGACACGACCCGUCCGGCCCUGUCCUCGGCCCUCCUACCUCAGUUUCCCAACACAGGUCAAAGCGCAUUGAGUACGCAUCUGACCAGGUCCUGGCCCACCAUUCCCUCAGACGUCAUUCUGAUUCCUGGCUUUACCCCAUCAAUGAGUUCUCGUAAUUGCCCAGGCAGUAUCACCAUGGCUCUGGAAACGCCUUUACUACGAGUCAGUAGACCUGUAGCUGCCUGCUCACGAUGUAGAGCUGCCAAAGUCAAGUGCGAUGGCAAAUUACCGGCAUGCACAGCUUGCGAGAAGUCCAACCGGGCGUCCGAAUGCUCGAGCACCAAUGACCAGUUUGCACGAGGCAAGGAAAGAAGUUAUGUCGCCACGCUUGAGUCAAAAGUCGAGCGACUUGAGAAGAGAAUAGCAGAGGCAAAAGCAAGGCGGAAGUCGUCCACUGUUUUGAUGCUAGACAUGUCAGAAACAUCAACUCCGCGACGCUCCUCUGUCGACACGGUAAAGCCAGCCAGACCCAUCAGCAAACGAGCUGCAAGGCGAAAGGAAGCCGUAGACAUUGACAAUCUUGUCUCUGACUUUGGCUUGCUCGCUGUCAAUGCCACCGCGCGUGACUUCUAUGGCUUCACCACUGAAAUGUCUUAUGCCCGACUUAUCCAAUCUGCCUGCACUAAAGAGCCACUUCCAGCAGGUCUUCACAAAGCUUUGCCCCCACGGUAUGCUGCCACGCCACUAAUCCAACAUUAUCUCAACAACGUCUUCAACCUGCUUCCAGUCUUUGAAGAAGCUUCCCUGUACUCUUCUGUAGAUGCAAUUUAUCAAAAAGGAUCGGAAGCUACUGCAUGGGAUCGGUGGAGUGUGCGCAUGGUCCUAGCAAUAGCUAGCUUGUCACAGUCUGAUCAAAGAGGCGACACCCACUACUCAGAUGCUGUUGGCCAUGUCAACGCUGCCCUUGAGAAUGCGGAAGAAGUCUUACAUCCUGGAUACGUCUCCAGCAUACAAGCCCUUCUGCUUUGGACAAUAUAUGCCAUGAUGGACCCCCACCAUUUCGACAGCUGGACAUUGAUCGGAGCGGCCUCGAGAGCCAUGGUUGAUCUUGGCAUCCACCAGGAUCCGUCCCGCAAUGUCGCCAUCGCUAAAGGCAAGCUUGAAGUUAGGAGACGGGUAUACUGUUCUACCUCUUUGGUCCAGACACGGGCCUUCUCAUUCUCGGACGAGGCCGCCAAUGUCUCUUUCCCAUUCCACACAUCUUCUGGAUCACCUAAGUUCUCUUCCCCACAAUCACAAGUGUUCCAACAGUCGUUUGACUCUGCACUAGACCUCUUCCGGAUACGGGAGAUUCAGUCGGAAUGGUACAUGGAUCUAUUCCAGUCUGGCCGUGAACCCUGGCAGGAUCCAUAUCCGUACAUGUGGAAACAGUAUACGAGGAUGUCACGGUGGUUCGAAGACAUGCCGCAAAGUACACUGCCCGCUAUAAAGUCUUUCUUUGAGCUUGAACUGUUGUGUAGCUAUGUAUACAUACUCUCGCCCAGCCCAAGAAUACCGCACAUCCACGAGUACGCCCAGCGGCUGAUCUUCGAGCAUUGCAUCACUUAUGCCAACAACAUAUUGAUCCUGCUCAACAAACCAUCCAACACAACCAAACCUCCAACCACGUUCUAUGAUGCGAUGCGCUGCUACAUGACAGGUAGACAGUUUGUUGAUGUCUUGUCGCGCAACAUGGACGUGAUCCUGGACCCUCGACCGGCCGUACCUCCUACGCCAUCUGCUUCCCAAGGUGACUCUGGGGAUCCUCUUGCGCCGCCAUCACAAGUCAGCGCUCCUCCUUUUCCAUCGCCUAUCAUAGAUGAAGGUCAAAACUCAAUAUUAGAUCCGACGGCGCGAGCGCUUAAUGCAAUCAACAAUUUCAUGUCCGCGCUAUCCAACUUGGGGCUGCGAUUCGGCUUUACACAUUGGCGUGAUCGCUUCCAACGCGAGUCUGCAGCUUUGUCCUCUCAGCUUUACCAACGAAACAAAAUCUCACCGCUGCCCUCACCCCUGAACCAGCAGAUAUCACAACUCGCCACAUAUCCAACACACUGGGUUCCUAUUCCGUCUACAUCACCAGAGGCAUUGCAAUUUAUGUAUCAAACUCUGCCUACGACGCCGCCAUCCUUAUUCCCGCAGCAGCCCAGCCCUUAUUCUAGUUCCAUGUCUUACACUGGCAACCCUUUCGAUUCUCAGAGUCUCAGCCAGAGUGACCAUCAGCCAACAGCGUCAUAUGAAGGUACCAGUCCAAGACAGCAUCACCAUACACUGUCUUAUGAUGGCACAAGUCCAGAACAGCAACCACAAUGGACCACACCCUCCCCACAGCCAAUGCCAGACAUGCCACAGCCAAGCGGAGGUCAGAAGCGGAGAGCGCUCGUCUAUGGCUCUGCACUGCCGAGCUCCGAUGCCGCAAUCGCUGCACCACACGACAAUUCAGGCUGGUGCCAACAUCAACAGCAGACGCAGCAAUCAGAGCAACAAGACCAACAGCAGCUCUCCCAUGCGUGGACACAAGCACCAUCACGUGACACGGACGCAUGGGACCGGACCCUGUCUACGCAAUCCAACAAUUCAAACGAUCCCUGGCAGGAGCAACAGUCAAAACAAGGUAGUUGGCAGUGA